AUUCAUCGCGAGAUACAGUAGUAACAGCAGAGGUAGCAUAGCAGCGUCAAAAAAACAGAAGCGUAGCUGGAACACGGAGAAAGACAGCGCUUGAGUUGUGAGGAUGACCGAACAGGCGCCACCACCACCCGCAUGGUUCCUGUUGCUCGCUUUCGUCGGCGGCGUCUACUCGGCGUCGCUAUCGUUCCGCCUCCUCUCCUACCUCGCGCUUUCCAUGCGCCGCCCGAGGGACCUACGCCGCCGGUACGGCGCGUGGGCCGUGGUCACCGGCCCGACGUCAGGCAUAGGCCGGUCCGUGGCUCUCGAGCUCGCGCGCCGCGGCCUAAACCUCGUCCUCCUCGACCUCGACGCCGGCAACCUCGAGGAGACCUCCGACGUGGUCGUGUCUCGCCACGGCGUGGAGACCAAGACCGUGGUGUUCGACCUCUCACUCGUCGGCACCACUCAAGGCGACGAGUCCAUGAGGCAGCUCCGAGCAGCGAUCGAGGGGCUGGACGUCGGGGUGCUGGUGAACAACGCCGGGGUGUCGAGGCCGUCCAUGGUGUACCUGCACGAGGCCGACGUGGAGGAGUUGGUGCGGAUGGCGCGUGUGAACCUGUGGGGCCUGACGGAGGUGACGGCCGCCGUCCUGCCGGGGAUGCUGGAGCGCCGGCGGGGUGCUAUCGUGAACAUGGGCUCCGCCUCGUCGGAGGCCAUCCCGUCCUUCCCACUCAACACCAUCUACGCCGCCACGAAAAGGUAUGUUGCCAUGUUCUCCCGGAGCCUUCACGUCGAGUAUAGAAGUAAAGGGAUUGAUGUGCAGUGCCAGGCCCCGUUCUUCGUGGCGACCAGGAUGGUGGGCAGCGCCGUGCGAGACAAGUGGCUGUCGCCGCUGGUGCCCACACCAGACGACUACGCUCGCGCCGCGACGCGCUGGAUCGGCCACGGCCCGCUCUGCACCCCGACUCUCGGUCACCAGCUCCUGUGGUGCCUCGCGGGCAUCCUGCCGGACGUCGCGCACGACUGGCUCCGACUGCGCGAGCACCUGCGGCUGAGAGCGGUGUUGCAGCGAAUGAGGGCGGCCAGGGCAUCGAAAGAAUGUUAAUUAUGGGAACCGGUCCGUCAAACGAACAUAAGUUUAACCAAGUUUAAAUAGUACAUCCUCGGUCCAAACAGUAAUGCAGAUAAGGUAACAAGUAAUGCAGCCACUUCCUUAUGUCUUAAAUAAAUUUAUUAUAUAAAUACUUCCUCGAUGCCAACAUAGGUAACGUUGUUGGAACUAAGAAAGUAUUUAACCAAGUUUAAACAGUACUUCCUCGAUCUCUUUUCGCCUGUACUUUUUCUACCAGCCAACAGUAAUUUUCUCUUAACAGUAAUUUUAGACAUAAUUUUUCAAAAGAGCGAACAGGCAUGGAUGCCAAUAUUGCAGAUACCAAGGAAACUUAAAUAUCAAAGAUGAGCAAUAGUAAUUAAUUGUACAGUUUGCUUGUAAUUUUCAAGAUAAUUUUUUUGUACCUAAUCAGUCCAGACAAUAUUUGUCAAAUACAAACGAAAAUGCUACGGUGUCGAUUUUGUAAAAAAAGUUUGCAACUAAACAAGGUCAUGAUCGACUUACAAUCGUGCGCCUAGCUUUUCUAAGCAAGGUGGGGGCUUCUCCGGGUUAGAAACUUGGAACCAUUUUUUUUGCUAUUUCUUUUGACCCGUUUUCGGUUUUCUUGAGAAAUCUCAUCACUGCCAGUAGUGAGGGUGUGUAGUGUUAAACUCGUUAAACUUUAGUCAUGACCGUGUCAUGAGCAAAUUGGUCCGAGUCACAAUGUUCAGCCGAUUCCUGAUCUGUAAAUCUCGAAGUCUCACUUAGGCCGUGUUUAGUUUUUGGUGUAAAGUUUUUGAGUAUUGUAAUAUUAUUGUUUGUAUUUGA